AUGACUAAGCAGAGAUUACUACCUGGGACUUUGAAUUUUCUUCGCUUUAAGAGGAAGAGCUGGUUCUUUUUGAAAUUUGGAUUUCUUGUCUUUGCUCUGAUUGUGUUUUGUGAAUUCUUAAUUUAUUAUUUAGUGAUCUUUCAGUGUCACUGGCCAGAAGUGAAAACUGUAGCUUCCAGAGGAAAACAACAGACUCCUGAACCUGUGCUAAAGGUUAUAUUUUUAGCAGAUACCCAUUUGCUCGGGGAAGUAAAUGGACACUGGUUAGACAAAUUACGACGGGAGUGGCAAAUGGAAAGGGCUUUUCAAACAGCCCUAUGGCUUCUCCAGCCAGAGGUCGCCUUUAUUCUGGGGGAUGUCUUUGAUGAAGGCAAGUGGAGCUCCCCUAAGGCCUGGGCUGCCGAUGUGGAACGGUUCCGGAGAGUGUUCAGACAUCCACCUGAGACUCAACUCCUGGUGGUUGCCGGUAACCAUGAUGUUGGCUUUCAUUACUCGAUGAACACUUAUAAACUACAACGAUUUAAGAAGGUUUUCGACUUUGGAGAACUUUUUUCAAUAAAAGGGAUUAACUUCGUGAUGGUGAACAGUGUAGCAAUGGAGGGAGAUGGCUGUACUAUUUGCUCUUCAGCGGAAGCCCAACUCAUUAAAAUAUCUCACCUGCUGAAUUGCUCCAGACAGGAGAAGUACCAUUCUAGCCCAAAGUGUAGCGGUAAUCAAGAGCUUUCGGCAUCCGCUCCUAUCCUUCUCCAGGUAAGGAGAAUGGAACAACCUGGUAUUUCUUCUUUGUGUGUGUAUUCCCUGUGCCAAGGUUCCUUGAGGUCCAUCUGGCUCUCUUUAAUUUUUGGACAGCAUUAUCCUCUGUACCGGAGAAGUGAUGCUGAUUGCACUGGGGAAGAUUCUGCUCCUCCAGAGAAAAAGAACAUCUUAUUUAAAGAGAGAUAUGAUGUCCUUUCCAAAGAGGCUUCACAAAAGCUACUGUGGUGGUUUCAACCUCGCCUGAUCCUGAGUGGCCAUACGCACAGUGCCUGUGAAGUGCUGCAUGCUGGAAACAUCCCAGAAAUCAGUGUUCCGUCUUUCAGUUGGAGAAACAGAAACAACCCUAGUUUCAUUAUGGGCAGCGUAACAUCAGAGGAUUAUUCCCUCUCCAAAUGUUUCCUUCCCCUCGAGCAUACCGUGCUGACUAUAUACUGCACGGCAGGCAUCCUGGUGGCUUUGUUACUGUUCACCCACUGUCAGCCUUCCUAACACCACCGCUUUUCACUUCACUUCAUUCGGUUGAUACUUAAUCAGAAAGCAUAAGGCAAUGUGAAGAGCAGGACAUUUCUGCAUUUAGUAACAAAUACCAAAGCGGAAAAACAACUGAACUUCAGGCUGUAUUCAUGUCAGAGAAUGACCUCCCUGGAUGGGUCCAAAUGCAGGCCAUCCAUUUUUAUGCACAUCAGAGAAAUUCUAAACAGUUGAUAUGAAUUACUACAGGAUAAAUAGUUGAUUGAAAUGUUUUCAUGCUGUAAAAAAAAAUUAACAAGUAUCCUACAACAAAUUGAACUGUUUUCUUGCUAUAUAAUUUUUAUCAAAUAUAUGUAUACUCAGAUUGUAUCUGUACAACAUGUAAGUCCUAUUAGCCUCAUAACUUGCAUGCACUACAAACUCCUACCUUCCACAGGAUGGAACUUGCAACCCAGAAACACACUCAUCCUAGUGUAUGUACAUAUAUCAGUGGGUGUGGCUUGUUCUAGUGUGACAUUUCCCGCAGAUUCCUAAGUGGUAGAAAGCUGUACAUCUAGGAGGGGAAGCAGAUUCUCCUUUAGAUACUAGGAGAGCAGCAAAAUAUCAUUUGCUUGGUAGAAUUCUACUUUUCUCUGCUGAAACAGGAUUAGUAUUAUGAUGAUUAUUAGGAUUAUUUAAGUAGGUAUAAUUAAUUCUCUACCAGACAAUCUUUAAUCCCUUCUAGUGGUCAAAAAAAAAAAAAAAAGACACUUCUGAAAAA